AUGCCGCGAUGUUGGUGGCCUAUCGGCCACUUGCGAGGAUGGCUCGGACCUUCGGGCUUCGGCUCCAAAUCGUCCUGGCGCGACGUCAUCGCGGACCUCGACCCUGGAUCUGCCAGCCGAAAUUGCGUUCUCAUAACCGGCGCCACGGCUGGCAUAGGCUUCGAGACGCUCAAAGCAUUUUGUAGCACGGGUGCGACGGUAGUGGUCGGUGCGCGUGACGAAGCGCGAGCAAAGGCGCUCGCGUGCGAGCUCAUGUCUAAGACGACGUCCAUCGUUCGCGUCCUUCGUCUCGACUUGUCGUGUUCAAAGUCGGUUCACGCCUUUGUUGACGCAUUUCUCGCGCUCAAUCUCAAGCUCACCGUCCUCGUGAACAACGCUGGUAUAAUGCCUUGUCCGUUUGACGCAGAUUCACACCGAGACCUCGCGUUUCACGUGAAGUUUCUCAACCACUUUGUUUUAACGCAGUUGCUCCUGGAAUCGUUUGAUCCGGCGGGCGCGCGCGUGGUGAACGUCACCAGCGAAGUCUAUCGCUUCUCUUAUCCGGAAGGUAUUCGGUUCGGCAAAAUAGACGACGACCGAGCGUACGACAGCGUGAAAUCCUACGCCCAAUCGAAACUCGCGCUGCUCUUGUGGACUCGGUACCAAGGCGAAGCGCUUCGCGAGCGCGGCGUGCAAUUUUUCGCCGUGCAUCCGGGCUCGGUCGCCACGCAAGGCAGCGCGCGCGCGCGAAAAUCCAGCGGUUGGCGCGGAGCCUUGCUCCACUGCGUCGGCGCACCGUUCGUCAAAUCCGUCGAGUGCGGCGCGGCGACGACGAUUUAUUGCGCGCUUCAUCCCGGCGCGUCGAUGUACAACAGAUUCGGCGAGUAUUAUUUCGCGUCGUGCAAUCCGAGAGGCGUGCGCGAGAUUUCGCGCGACGCAACGCUCGCUCGACGUCUCGUCGAGUACGCCGCGCGCGAGCUCGACGCGAGCGCGUGA